AUGUCUCGCAACAGUCCGUUUAGGAUAUCUAUCCACAGCUGGAAAAAGCCGAACCCCACGAGAAUGAUGGAGAGCUUGAUGCAGCCGGAUGACGCUGUCAUGUUUGAGAUGCGGGUUCUCAUCGAUGGACGUUUCAUUGCUGGGAGCUUGACCAACCAGCGGACUUGUUGGCCUCAAGUUAUUGAUUCUAGUUCUCAUGUGGACAAAAAUGGAGGCCAGGAUUGUUUGCAUUUUCCCCCUUUCCACGAAGAGAUGCUUCAACAGAGCCACUGGGAGGCUGGAGAAGAAUUUGGUCGUAUUAAAGUUGUAAUCGCGGAAGGAUUUUCUCGGCCCAAUCGAAAUCCACCAUUCGAAAGAGUUAGAAAUCUCGUUUUCUUCUCUUUCCAACAUGCCCCACUAAAUAUUUUAGAAGGUUCGAAUUUAGCCUGGCCAAACCCGGGAAUGUGGCAUCAAGCCUCCCGCCCCGUUUUUAAAUAUAAUCUUGGGGUGGAUUAUGGUAGUAUUCGGGAACAAGAGGAUGCCCAUUCCCACUCUCCAACGCGCUUAGAGCCUCGUGGGAUUGGAUUCUCGGAUGCUGGCCGUUCUUCGCAAUUUACAACCUGGCACCACCGACUUUAUCCUACCCCUCAGACGUCUUGGGCGCGGCCCGCAUUGCCGGAGAGAGACUCUAGAUGGCCCUUGCAGCCUAUAGUCCAGGACCCGUUCGUUGAUACUUUCAGAGAGCCGGGCUUUAGUCGGCGUUCCCGCUCGACCUUGGAUGAUGUGCCAAUGCCAGACUACACGGGAUCAAGCUCAAAUGGUAGUCGAGCCAUAUCCAACAUGACAGGUGUCAGUUUCGGACAGCACAGUAAACAGCCUAGUGUUUCUGUGCCGAUUAAUGAUGAACAGUAUAGCCAGCUGAUCGAAGCGCUGAGCCCAGCGAAAUUGACCAGCGGUACUUAUGCACCCACAAACACACCAUCCUCUGCUCAUCCUGUAGCGUCCAAACAUUCAGCAGCUGCGGAGCCUCGAGCUCCUAGAUCCCACUCUAAACACCCAAACCGCCCCGGAGCGCUAAAGGAACUGCCCCAACCGGGAGUACGUGGCGUCUCAGGAUCAAGUGCCCGAUCAGAUAGCGAUGAGGGUUUUGGAAGCGAAAAUGCGCCCCUUCCGACAAGUCUGCUCAGCCCGAAUCCGAAGGUGAAGGGGAAGAAAGAAGGCGCUGGGAGUGAGGUAGACACCCCCCUCCGUGGUUCUAGCAAGGUACUCACGAACAGUGCAAAAACGAUCAGACGAUCAAAGAGUAGCAUUAUGGCAUCCGCCGAAUCAAAACGCAAAAGACUCGGCACAUCGGACCAAGUGGAAAUCGCAGAAGACAACAAAUCUGGCAGCCCUUCACCGACCAGAAAAAUGUCUCGCUUGAAUGCCGAGGACGUUAGCCCGCGGCCCACACUCGAAGAAGCCCUGGAAGCAAGAACAAGGGUCACUGCCACAAGACGGGAAACAGAAAACUCAGAGUAA